GCAGUUAUAUAUAGUUACUAGCGCCACCCCGGUGCUGAUGAAAUUCCUCUUUUAUGAGAAUGCCGGAUAAUGUCGAUGAAUAAACAGUUGUAAAAACAUUUAUUAACCCAUUUAGUCUCAUGGAUCGAAUAUUAACAAUGAGAUUACUCUGCAGGUUGUCUCCUGCACACAAUGCAGUGACGAAACAACAAUUCCACAGUUCCGUAAAGGUCCUGGGAUCCAUCGAGUCAUCGUCAUCGUCGGACUCAUCAGGUUCUGAUACUGAGAAAUCCAAAAAAGUUGGGAAAACUAUUGAGAAGCAACGAGAUGAUGCAGCAAAGCAACAAACUGUGGACUUGUUGAAUGCUCUGUUAGCAAAAAUGAGUGGGGAAAAAAUGGUGAAUAAGACGAUUAUUGAUCUGGCCAAGCCACUGAAACCGGAGCUACCAAAACAAGAGAAAGAGAAUACUCUAGAGGAAAAACUCAAAGUAGCAGCUAAAGAAGUGGCACAGACUCUAGGAGGCGAUGUGCAGAAGAGGGAAGAACAGCUGCUAGACAAAAUAUUUUCGGCUGGUGCCCCAGCACCUCGUCCGGUUUUAUCUGUUAAAAAAUCCAAAAAGAAAAAGCAGAAAAAAGAGGCGGUGGCGGUGGAGGUGGCAUCCCUGAGCAAAGAAGAGGCUACUGCAAAACAGGAAGGAGCAAGUUUACCCGAGAAAACAACUCCUGCGAAAAACACAGAGGUACCUGAAAAAAAGGCAAAAGUGCCUGAGCCUUCCCUACGUGAAUUACUCGCAGCAAUGAAAAUAGACAGAACUCCAAAAAAAAAUUUAGAAGAGGACCUGCCAUUCGCCAGAAUAGAAAAAAUUCGGGAAUUAACCCAGAAUUUCCAGUCCAGAAAUCCAGCACAGAAUGUUGAGAGAUUCACAGAGAGAGCAGAAAUACCAGGGAAUUUAUUUGGUGGCAAAUCAUUCGGUAUAUUUGUUGGCGCCCGUCCUCCGGUGGAUCCUAUCACAACGGAAUUACAUACCUGGAAGGCACUGGAGGAUCAAGAGAAGAAGCAAUCCAUAACACAUCCCCCUGAGAACUAUUUUCAAGAAAUGAUUCAGUGGACUGAACGAGGGAUUCUUUGGAAAUUCCCCAUUGACAAUGAACAAGGAAUGGAAGCAGAACACGAUGUACACUUCUCAGAGCAUGUCUUUGUCGAGAGAUACAUGGAGGACUGGUGUCCUAGGAAGGGACCCAUUCGUCUUUUUAUGGAACUUGUCUGUACUGGGCUAUCCAAAAAUCCCUAUAUGACGGUGGAGGAGAAGAAAGGGCACAUAAUGUGGUACAGGGAUUAUUUCGGUGAUAAACAGCAGUUACUGAAGGAGAUUGGGGCAAUUGAUAACGACAUUCUGCCAGCGGCGGAGGUCCAAAAACAGAUUCUAACUUGAAAUUUUUUGUUAAUAGUUGAACAGUGAAUUUUGACGAGCAGAAAAUAAAAAAAAAAUAUGUAUAAAGUCAU